AUGCAACCGGACCUAGUAUGUGACGGGAGUAUUAUCGACCACCACAAUCAUAAGGACAGCCCGGCUAUCACUUCGGUGGAUAAUCAGAUUCAAAAUUCUGUCAAUCACUCUGAUGAUACAUUAUCCAAACCAGGUGACUCCUCUCCAUACGACUCCAACUCUGCCAAUCGUAUCAAAGACCCCGGUCCGGACCAAGAUGGCUCAAUAGAUGAAGAUGAUGUCGAAGAGCUUCCUCCUCAUCUAGAUACGUUUGAUCUAAAUUAUUCUGCCGAUGAAUCGGGAUAUGCUGCUCCAGCCAAUGGAUACCAGGACUUGAAGGAUGGUUCAAAGCAACUGAUGAACAAGCAGAAUCAUGUUAUCAAGAAGUCCCGUGAGACAGAAAGAACCAGAUGCUUAGCUCAAGGCCUCCAUGCGGACAACCUAGAGUCUCAACGGCCGAGGAAAAUGAUGCGGGCUCAAAAUUUGGCAAAGAAACAAGCUUAUGGGGAGGAGCAGUCUGACACCGACAGCUCCCUUGGGGAUGAAUCUAGAUCUACUCCUUGGGUAUUUGAGGAUGAAGCAGCCACCUCCUUUACUAAUUGUACCAAAGGGGAGAAGCAAGUGUCGAACGACGAUGAUCUGGGAAUUACAGAAGAUGAUGUGGAAGACCUUCCUAUUCGCUGUGACAUACUUCACCUGCGAUACCCUGCUGAUGAAUCAGGAUAUGCAGCUCCAGCCAAGGGAUAUCAAGAAUGGCAGGACAGAAUUAAGGAAAAGAGGGAUAGAACUAGGAUAAUGGGCAAAGCACAAGACACAGAAAUGCGUCAGCAGCGCCUGGAUCAGAUUCUCCUAGCCGAAGAUUCAGAAGACAGGCAGGACAGAAAGUACGCAAGCGCAAGAGGGCAAGCUGAAAAACAAAUGCUAAGCGAGGAUGCAUCUGAUACAGAUACGUCGCUUAGUGCCAAUGAAUUUGGGUCUGACCCUUGGGUACUUAAAGAGCCAAAUGGCCCUCAACUGUCUGGUGAUAGGCGCGUAAAAAAUUAUCCCAGAACUCAUCCUGAUCCUGUACCCGAAACUAUGGAUGCAUCGGAAAAUAUCUCACUCGAGGACCAGGAGAUACAGGAGAAAGUUGCUAGGCUCGGGCUGCCAAAAUAUCGUGUCUUUUCUAAGCCAUAUCCACGCGAUUUCAUUCCAUCAUCUGAGUUUGAGAGGAUGACAAGGGAAAAGAGACGAGCCAAAGGUAUACCCACACCUCCUCACCUGCCAUCAGCUCCACGCUCGCUCUUCGAUUGGUGUAUUGGUGAUGGACCAAGUGUAAUAGGGCUUCAAGAAACCGAGACUGACAAUAUACUAAUCAACGAAUAUGAGGCUGACACUGGAGAAUCAUCCCCGGUAAAAUCCCACGAUUCUCUGGACAGAGUCAUUUCCCCCGAUUUGCAACCUACAGUAGAGCCGGAUGAGGAUGAGCCCAUUUUUGCUUCCCAACAGGGACAAGACACUGAGGGUGCAAAUGAGAAAGAGGCAGUGACUGCACCCCAAAGGACAGAGAAUCAAGAUGAGAAUCAAGAAGUUACACACUCUGAGGUACCAGCUGCCAAUACCCUAUAUCAUUCAAGUCGCACUUCUGCGGAAAUGCCUAUGAAUACCAGCGGGGAACCUGGGUCACCUCGUUACCGUAAGCCAUCCAUGGAUGUUUCGACAGAUGACGAGUUACUCAUGUAUGACAAAUUGCAUGGUACCAAUAUUUGCGUGGAGCCUAUGAAUUUUGAUGACCCUGAUGUCGUACUGAUGUCCGAGUUUGAUUUUAUGGAACUGGAGGAGAGAAGAUGCAUGGGCGGGCCUACUCCUCCAUGUUGCGCACUCUCACCAUCUGAGAAUGCCCCCACGGAAACUUCUUCAGAUGACUUUUAUGAGCGGGUGAAAAGACCAAGAUACCCAUGUGCUGGUCAAAAAUGGAAUACGCGGCGUCCGCAUUUUCCCAUUCCAAAACCCGAGUCUAGAAAGAGGCAUCGGGCUACUUUUGGCGGGUAUUACUCUUCAGAAAAGGAGACUGAGAUAGAGAUACCGAGAAGUGAUACCUCGCACCGCACAAGGACGAGAUACAGGGAACAUAGACGAGCAGUUCCUGUGCAAAAUACAAGCGAAGAUGUGAAUAUAGUUAUUGAUUUUUACCUGAACAUUGACCCGGAACUCCAAGCAAAGGUCGGCUAUGGUAAACAGAAGUCUGGGGAUUGCGUUUUAGAAGACUCCAUUAAAAGUCCCGUAGAUGUGCCUGCGCCUGAGCCAGAGGCGCAAAGGGUGGAGUUCGAGGUUAUUGUGACAGGCCUAGUUGGCCUUGCUGUUGGAUUAGCUGCUGGAAUGGUGUUUCGACGAUUCAAAUAG